GCUCUGAGAGCAUUUAGCACUCUCCACCAUGAAGGGGACACUUCUUCUGCUGGCCUUCCUGGUGAUUGGAGAGCUUGGCUUCCAGACAAGUGAGAAAGCAUGUGCUUCUUUCUUCGGUGUCUAUUUGAGCACUGUCUCUGGGAAAAGGCUUUGGUUGCAUCAUGAACUUUCUUAUUUCAACCCUACUGAUGGUGAAACAAAGAGCUUCAAAAAAAUCCAGGACUGCUAUGAAGAGGCAGGACUAAAAGCUAAAAGUCAGGAUGUCCAAUUUAUGGCAAGCAUGUUCUUCAGCUCAGAAUGCUUGAAAUACUAUAGCAAUGACACUAUGACAAAAAUUUUAAGUGUGAUUACCAAGAAAUGGAUGUAG